GGCGCGCAAGUGGCGAGCCGGCUGGUCCGAGUGCGAUGGUCGACCCCUUGUCACCGGGUAGGUUUUUCUUCAUGCUUCAUGAUCAGCGAAACCAAUGAGAGUCCGAUUGGUACUACCUGAAGAGCGAUGAGCGGGGCGGGGAAGAAAAUAGCAGAUGUUGCUGUUAAAGCAUCGAAGGGGAUCGAUUGGGAUGGAAUGGCGAAGCUUCUUGUUUCCGAAGAGGCGCGCAAGAAGUUCUCUUCUCUCCAUGUGGCCUUCGACGAAGUCAGAUCCACCCUCCAAACCAAAUUCAGCCAGGAACUAGAACCCAUAGAUUUGGAGUACUGCAAAAAAGGAGUUGGUUCAGGCUUGGUGGAUAUGUAUAAAGAGGCUUAUCAACAAUGUAAUAUAUGGGAUACGAGUAGGUCAAUGCCCAUCCAUUCUGAUGGUAGAGACGAUAGACUUGUCUGUGAGGCGGAUCCUAAGGACAGAGACUCGAUCAAGUCAGCCUAUACCAUAGCAUACAAAGCAGAAUCUCUGGUAAUUAAUAACCCAUUAAAUCCACCUUUUGUUCUUGAAAAAUCAAAUCUCAUGUUGAAUGAAUAUCUCGAAGCUGGGAACGCUCUUCAACAAGUUAAGAAGCGGAAAAAAUUGGCUCAAGUUAAAUGGAAAGCCCCAGAUGAAGGAGAAAUAAAAAUAAAUUUCGACGCUUCAAGAAAACAAAAUGGGCAGUGUGCCUUUGGGUGCAUUGUUAGAAAUCACCAGGGGUAUAUCCUAGAAACCAAAUCAGGAAAAAUUGAAAAAACUUCAACCCAGAUGGCUGAAGCAUGGGCAGCAAGGGUGGCCCAUGACCUAGCUAAAAAGUAUAAGCAUGACAAGGUUUGGAUCGAGGGUGAUUCAAGAUUAAUAAUCGAGUGUCUCCAAAUGAAGCUGGAGCCGCCUUGUAUGAUAAAAAAUCUCAUUGAUGAAUGCCAGGUUGCAGCAAGGGAGAAGUGCUUAGACGUUGGAUACAAACACAUUCUUAGAGAAGCAAAUCAAGCUGCAGAUUGGCUAGCACAUAGAGGCCAUACCAGUGUGAAGAUUGAUCAUGUCAAUUUACCUUGGGGUUUAAAGUUCAUUUGCCUAUUUGAUUUUUGGGGACGUGCUACCCCCAGAUCUGUGUAGCCCCUUUUCCCUUCAUCAGAAAAGAAUAACAUGUUCUUAUUACAUUUC